AAAAAAUGUGAAAAAAAGUAUAAAAAUCCACCGAUAUUGGGAAAAACAGUCAAAUAGAAAAAAUGUGGGUAAAACUCUUGAUAUUUGACAGCUUUCUACUUGUUUCUACGAUUACGCCCUCAAUUCAGGCCCUGAACGCCUCAUUGGAGCUCCAACAUGGCCUCAACAUCGACAAUUUUUUGUCAACCCUUGACCAAGAAGCCCGAAACCCAGUCAGUGGGCUUCUUGGGGGGGCCUCCCAAAUUUUGCAAAUCCUGGGUUCGGGAAUCCAAUCCCUCCUCCUGGUCCUCAAUUUAGGAGUAGAUAAAAUCAAUAUAAUCGUCCUUGCAACAUUGGGAACAAUGCUUGACAAGUUUUUCACAACAUUGCAAGAGAUUCCUGUUGCCCUUUUGAAUAUUUUGACCCGAUUUGUGCCCGAGAUUUUGGGAGGAAAAACUUUGGAGGCGUUUAAUGCAAGACAAGAGACGUGUAAUAAAUUUUUUUCACGUCCUUUGAUCCUAGAAUCGGUCACUAGAGCUGCAGGAUGUAUUAAUUUCCAUCUAAAUAAGAUUGUAUCACAGUUAGUUGUGAUUCUGGAAGAUAUGAAGAAAAUUCUUCAAAUUUUCUCAGAUGCUUUGUUGGAGUUGAAGAAAGACUCGUUGGGGGAAAUACCGGGGACAGUGGGGAAAUUCUUCAAAUCCGAGGCUUGGAAAAUUGUGAUGUCAAUUAUCGGGCAUUUACCGCAACCAAUUAUCAGUUUUGUCAAGGCCAUUCCGGGUUUAGUGAUUUGUGGUGUCAGUAUUUUGGUCACUUUUGUUUCAAAAGUUUUGGGACAAGUCUACCAACAUUUGAUUUGUAGUUUCAAAAAUCUUGAAUAAAGUAUAGUUUAAAGCAAA